AUGUGUGAUACAAACUGGAUUCUGCCAGAAAUCAACCAGAUUUGUGAUAAUACUAUUGCACCACUGACCCAAUGCUCGCAAUCAGGGUACAUGUUUUUGGCACUUAUUGCUCGGCUAUACAACGGAUCUAUGGUUAAUCAAUCUUUACGAAACAAAACUGAUAUUAGUGACUUACAAGAGUUAAAUGGUAAAAAACGAUCAAAACUAACGGAUAUUGCAAAUUCUGGAAUCCGGAGUGAUGGAAAAUUUCUUAGAAAUUCAAAUUACACAGAUAAAGCUAAUUUAACAAAUAAAAUAUGUAUUGUGGAAAAGAGUGUUCGUAAUAAUGAAAUAAAAAUUGCAAUUAAUAGUAAGCAUAGUACAUCAGACUGUACAACUAAGAUUGAAGAAAAAAAUAAAACAGAAAGUUUUAAUGAAGAAAGCAAAAGACUAAAGGAAUACGAUUUUAUUAUAGUAGGCGCAGGAUCUGCGGGUUGCGUUAUUGCCAAUAGAUUAUCUGAAGUACAUAAUUGGAAGAUAUUAUUGUUAGAAGCCGGUUUAGAAGAACCAGAAGUGACCAGUGUACCAAGUUUAGCGCCGAUUUUUAGAGGAUCAAGUCUUGAUUGGAAAUAUCGAACACAACCUGAAGAAUUAACUUGUAGAUCACAGAAUGGACAAACUUGUUCUUGGAUAAGCGGUAAAACUAUGGGGGGUUCAAGUGCUAUUAAUUAUAUGGUUUAUAUGAGAGGAAAUAAACGAGACUAUGAUGCAUGGGGAGAGAUGGGAAAUUACGGAUGGAAUUACCGAGAGGUGUUGAAGUAUUUUAAAAAAGCAGAAAAUAAUAAAGACUACGGAAAUCGUAAUAAUCCUUACCACUCUCAAGGUGGGCCUUUAAAUAUAGAAAGGUUCCCAUACACAGAUAAGAAUGCAAAAAUGUUAGUACAAGCUUUUAGAGAGAAAGGCCUACCGAUUACCGAUUUCAAUGGUAAAAAUCAAAUAGGAACAAAUAUUUGUCAAUCAACUUCCAAAGAUGGACGUAGAAUGUCUGCUAACACAGCUUAUAUACUACCCAUUAAAAAAACACGAUCAAAUUUGAAAAUCAUAAAUGAAGCAUUUGUAAUAAAAAUCUUAUUUAAUCAUGAAAAUAACACCGCUAUUGGUGUUCAAUUUAUAAAAUAUGGAGUAUUACGUACAUUUUAUAGUAAAAAAGAAGUGAUCGUAAGUGCUGGAUCUUUAAAUUCUCCUAAAUUACUAAUGUUAUCAGGAAUUGGACCUAAAAAUCAUUUAGAAAAUCUAAACAUACCUGUGGUAUCCGAUCUUAAAGUUGGUGAAAAUCUUCAAGAUCACGUAACCACUGUAGGUCUGAAUAUACAACUUUCGAAUAAGACAUCCACUCUUGUAAAUGAAAAGAUGUUGUUCAAUGAAAUUUCUAAAUAUUACAAUUAUCGAAAAUCCAAAAAGAAAGGACCACUAGCUGCUACAGGACCUACAAACGGAAUAGCAUUUAUUAAAACUAAAUUAAGCGCGGAAAAUGCCCCAGACAUACAAUUUCAUUUUGGUGGAAGUAAUGUUCGCGAAUUAUAUUCUGAUCCAACUAAUUAUAUCGCAACAAAUGUAUUUCCAUUAUCGUUUUAUGAUGGCCUAACAUGUAGACCUAUAUUACUAAAACCUAAAAGUAGAGGAUAUUUACAUCUAAACCAAACAAAUCCAAUUUUUGGUGCCCCAUUAAUAUAUUCCAGAUUUUUUACAGAGAGACACGAUGUAGAAACUUUACUAGAAGGUGUGCGUUAUUUGUUAACAUUAGAAAGUACAAAUGUGUUCAAGAAUAAUGGAGCUAAAUUUAUUAAAACUCAGAUAAAAGGUUGUGAAGAUUUCACAUGGGGUUCAGAUGGUUAUUUAGAAUGUCUUCUAAUACAAUAUACAGCAACGAUAUUUCAUCCUGUAGGUACAUGCAAGAUGGGACCUAUUUGGGACAGAGACGCAGUAGUUAGUCCUAGACUAAAAGUACAUGGAGUAGACAAACUACGUGUUGUAGAUGCUUCAGUUAUGCCUGAAAUUGUUAGAGGUAAUAUAAAUGCACCUACUAUUAUGAUUGCUGAAAAGGCUUGUGAUGCAAUAAAAGAAGAAUAUUACAAGUAA